AGGCGUGCUCGAGGACACCCGUUCUCGACGGACAUACUAGCAGCACCCUUGCCAACCAAUUUCAAGGAUACCAACUUAGUGUUCGAUGGGACUUCUGACCCGUCGAGGCAUGUGAGGACGUUCGAAAAUAUGGUUGUGUUGCAUGGAUAUACUGAGCCCGUUAGUUGUAGGGCAUUCUUACCGACCCUCAGGGGAGGGGCCCUCGAUUGGUUCCAGCAGCUUCCCCCAGGCUCGAUCGCGGACUUCGAGGAUUUCGCGGAGAAGUUGACGAAUCAAUAUUCGAGUGCAGUGGCUCAGGAGAAGACUUAUUUGACCUUGAUGGCGAUGAGACAAGGCGAGAAGGAGUCACUGCGCAAAUAUGUAGCCCGAUACAACCAGGCUUGCUUGGAGAUCCCGUCGGUCGAUGAGGUCAAGGCGGGGGGAUUGAUCAGAAGCUUACAAGCGGGGCCAUGUCGGACCUCUCUGGCCAAGACCCCGGCUCAUACUUAUGAUGAGGUGUUGAGGAGGUGCAGGAAAUACAUUAACCUCAAGGAGACCGAGGCGGAGUUUGCCAAACUCGAGGAGUUAGGUCGCGGGGAGUCGAAGAAGGAGAAGGCAGUUUCGCCCAAGAGGAGAGCUUCGCCCAGGAGAGAAGGGCGAACUAAGCAGGAUCGAGGACGCGAGGACAGAUGGAAGGACCGGCCUAUCUCUGGAGGAAAGAGAUUUCAUGAUUAUACCCCGUUGAAUGCAAAGGUAGCCGAGGUCUUGAUGGCCAUGGAGAAGGGGAUAGAUGGAAAAGAUGUGACAUGGCCGAG